AUGCAGGCGUAUAAAGGCAGAGCUGGGUCUUCCCCCAGGGCUCAGUCUGGGACAAACCCUGCAUUUUUUGGCUGCCAUAUGGAAGACCACACCAAGCAUGUCCAGCCUGUCCCGCUCCCAGCCAUGCAACAGAACUUGAACUACAUGUAUCCCCAGAUCUUUUGGGUAGAUGGCUGCGCUGAUGCAAGUACUUCCUUCACCCCGGCACCCCCUGUUGCUCCUUUUCCACCACCAGUUCCUGACCGGAGGAAAAAGCCAAGGAACAACAGGGAAAGGAGGGGUGCUGGCUUCCUGGUGUUCUCCCUGCUGAUCCUGCUGGCCCUCGCUGGCGUGGGGCUGUGUAUGUUCCAGAUUUUCCACCUGGAGAAGGAGCUGGCUGAACUCAGAGAGUCUACCAGUACUGAACACAUCCCUCCAGCUUUGGAGAAACUCAUAGGAGAGAAGGAACAGUUGAUGAAGAAGGAAGCAAGAAAGGCAGCACACUUAACAGGGAGCCCAGCCCAGCGGGACCUCCCUCUGGAGUGGGAACCCAUCUCUGGCCAUGCGUACACCAAUGGCAUUCAGUACCGUGACCGGGGGCUUGUCAUCAACGAGACUGGUCUGUACUUUGUGUACUCCAACGUGCUCUUCCGGGGCAGUGUCUGCACCAGCCAGGUGUUAACCCAUGUUGUCUACAAGAGAAACCCUUCCUCACCAGGCAGCCAUGUGCUGAUGGAGGACAAAGGCAUCAACUACUGCACGGGUCAGACAACGUGGGCCCGGAAAAGCUACCUGGGGGCUCUAUUCAAGCUCAGGAAGAUGGAUAGUUUGCAUGUCAAUGUCUCCAAAAUCGCUCUGGUUAAUUUUGAGGAAUCCAAGACUUUUUUUGGCUUGUUUAAGUUUUGA